GCAAACAGGUAAUUUACGUGAUUAUCUGAAGGAAUUUGAACGUUUAGCAUGUCGAGUACGGGGCUGGCCCGAAACUGCAUUGGUAGGAGCAUUCAUAGGCGGUCUGAAAUGUGAUCUUGUGGUCGAGGUACGUCUCGAACGACCAGAGACCAUGCACGCUGCUAUGGAAGUGGCCCGACGACGCGAAGAUCACCUAACAGCCACGCGAAGGGAACGGGCAGAUGCCCGUUUCACCGACACACGCUGCAUAGGGCCAUCUCAAGUGACCAUAGGUGCACGACCGACCAAUAACGCUCGACCACCGGGCCCAGUAGUCAAGCAACUCACACCUGAGGAGAUCAAGCGCCGACGCGAAAAAGGUCUUUGUUUCAAGUGCGAGGAAAAAUUUAUGCCAGGGCAUCGAUGCUGGCAAGCCUUUGUCAUAGAGGUUGCCAACUCCGACGAUGAAGUAGCUGAAGUCGAGGAAGAACCAGAGCCAGUGGACGACAUUGAAGCAUUUGAUGAGGAUGCUGAGAUCUCGAUGCACGCAAUGGCUAGGAUCAGAGGGCCAAGGACGAUGAGGCUAUCAGCUUGGGUCAAGGACCGACAAGUGAUCAUACUCGUAGACAACAGGUCAUCACACAACUUCAUCAAUGCAGACUUGUCCAAGAAGCUGAAUCUGCCAACCACGAAGAUUGACCCCUUUAAAGUUCGAGUAGCCAACGGUGAGAGGCUUCAAUGCACCGAGUCCUUUCGUAAGGUACCAAUCAAAUUCCAAAGAGUUGUUGUGGAAGCCGAUCUCUGUGCCCUACCCUUGGUUGGACCGGACGUGGUUCUAGGAGUGCAAUGGCUAGGAGG